AAUGUUUAUGCUUGCUUUAACGUUAGAGAACGUUUUUUCGUUAUUCAACUGAUUAAAUAUAAAAAUGAAGUUAUCCAAUUUAAAAUCAUACUGAUACAAGAUAGAAAUGAUAUUUGAGCAACAUGUUCACUGAAUAUGUUUUUCUUAAUGGGUGAUUAAUUGUUAAUUGCAUCAAAAUGAAGAAAGAAAAAACUGAUACGGCCAUUCGUCCUUUCAAACUUUCCCAUCAAGUGUUAUGCAUUACUACAAUUUGUUUUCAAAGACAAUCAUUGAUUGGGUUUGUUGAACUAACAAUCAUACCUUCUAGAAGUGAUUUAAGAAAAAUCAGACUUAAUGCUAAACAAAUUCGUAUCUACAAAGUAACUCUGAAUGAAUUUCAUGAAGUGUCUUUCACUUAUAAUGACCCAUGUUUGGAUGUCUGUCAAGGGGAAAAUAAACAAAAGAGUAUCGAUAAUUUUAAUUCUUGUCAUCUAGCUUGUGUUAAUUCUGUUGAUUCUGAUAAUGGUAGUGGUGAACUGUGUAUAAAAGUACCACAUGACUUGAUGCAUUUAAUAACAGAAGGAAAGCAAGUUAGGAUUGGGAUUGAAUUUGCUCUUGAAAAGCCCCAAGGAGGUGUCCAUUUUGUUGUUCCAGAUGGUGAAGGAACCAUGGCAGAACGAGCUGCCCACAUGUUUACUUAUGCCCCAGAUAACUCUUCAAGGUUGUGGUUUCCUUGUGUUGAUUCAUUUUCUGAGCCAUGCACUUGGCGAAUGGAAAUAACUGUGGAUCCAUCUAUGGUGGCAGUAGCUUGUGGUGAUCUCAUGGAGACAGUAUAUACUAGUGAUAUGCGCAAAAAGACUUAUCAUUACAAUUUGCCAAUACCCACUUGUGCACCUAAUAUAGGUCUGGCUGUUGGUCCAUUUGAAGUGUUUGUUGAUCCUCAAAUGCAUGAAGUUACUCAUUUCUGUUUACCUAGAUUGUUACCAUUACUUAAAAAUUCAACAAAUUUCUUGCAUGAAGCAUUUGAAUUUUAUGAAGAACUUCUUUCAAGUAGAUAUCCUUACAGUUGUUAUAAGCAAGUAUUUGUUGAUGAAGCUUUUCAAGAUGCACGGCCAUAUGCUACAAUGACAAUUCUUGACACAAAUUUGCUCUGUUCUCCUCCAAUCAUUGAUCAGACAUAUAUAGCUCGGAGGGUGAUGGCUCAUGCUGUGGCUGAGCAAUUCUUUGGAUGCUUUAUUAGUAUGAAUUCUUGGUCUGAUGCUUGGUUACCUAAAGGUAUCUCUAUGUAUCUGUCUGGGCACUUCUUGAAAAAGGCAUUUGGUAAUAAUGAGUAUAGGUUAUGGAUACAUGAAGAUGUUAAUGAAGUUCUGAAAUAUGAACAAAAAUAUGGGGGACUUGUGCUUGACUGUAGUGUAAGCCCAACUCCUGGCAGUGCUGCUGCUACUGCACAGGGGAAGGAUGGAACAUUUUAUUUUCCAACACAACAUCUGCACACUACUUCUCCUGAGUAUAAUAUAAUAUUAACCAAGAAGUCACAUUUAGUUAUACGCAUGUUAGAAGAUAGAAUUGGAAGAGAAUUGCUUUUGCAGGUUUUCAACAAACUGUUAUCUCUUGCUUCAGGUGCUGCACAACAAAAAGUAACUAGCAAUAAUUGGUUUAACAUGCUGCUGUCUACUAAUAGUUUUCAAAAAGCAAUAUUUACAGUGACUGGUAAAGAUAUAAAUACAUUUCUUGAACAGUGGGUUAGACAAGGAGGCCACCCAAAAUUUACAGCUACCUUUAUAUUUAACAGAAAACGAAACACAGUUGAACUUGAAAUAAAACAGCUAGAUGUCCAAAAUCGAGGCAUAAGACGUUAUGUUGGACCAUUAACUAUAACUAUUCAAGAAUUGGAUGGGACUUUCAAACAUAAUUUGCAGAUUGAAGAGAAUGCUACCAAACAUGACAUAACUUGUCACUCUAAAAGUCGAAGGAACAAAAAAAAGAAAAUUCCCUUAUGUACUGGAGAAGAAGUAGAUAUGGAUUUAAGUGCCAUGGAUGCCGAUUCUCCAGUUCUGUGGAUUCGAAUAGAUCCAGACAUGUUGUUGCUGAGGCAAGUUGUUAUUGAACAGCCAGAUUAUCAGUGGCAAUAUCAGCUUCGUUAUGAGCGAGAUGUUACUGCUCAAAAAGAAGCAAUAGAAGCUCUUGAAAAAUUUCCCACUCCCGCCUCUCGAUCUGCACUUACUUAUACUAUUGAAAAUGAGCAUUGUUUUUAUAAGAUUAGAUGCUUGGCAUGUUUUUGCUUGCAGAAAGUUGCAAAUGCCAUGGUUGCCACAUGGGCAGGACCUCCUGCUAUGAUGUCAAUAUUUAGAAAGCUGUUUGGAUCUCAUUCAUGCAUGCAUAUUAUAAGAUUGAACAAUUUCAAGAACUUGCAACAUUAUUUCCUGUUGAAAACUAUACCUGUUGCUAUGGCUGGACUACGAACUGUACAAUGCAUAUGUCCUCCCGAAGUUCUCAAAUUUUUACUUGAUUUAUUCAAAUAUAAUGAAAAUAGUAAAAAUAAGUUUUCUGAUAAUUAUUACAGAGCAGCUUUGAUCGAUGCUCUGGCAGAAACUGUUACACCAGUCAUAUCUGUUCUGCCUCACACUGGUGUGACAAUUACAGCGGACUCUCUAUCAUCAGACACUAAACUUAUUUUAGAAGAAAUAACUCGUUGCUUAAAUUUGGAAAAAUUGCUAUCAAGUUAUAAAUAUGCAAUUACUGUAAGCUGUCUAAAAGCCAUUCGCAAAUUGCAAAAAAUGGGACACUUGCCAAAUUACCCAUCUCUUUUUAGAGAAUAUGCAGCUUAUGGAAUGUUUAUUGAUGUACGCCUUGCUGCACUUGAGGCACUUGUAGAUUUUACAAGUGCAGAUGGAAAAGAAGAAGAUCUUAAUUUCUUAUUAGACAUUGUCGAAAAUGAUCCAGUUCCUGCUGUACAGUAUAAAGUUUUAAGAAUGUUGACAGAAAAACCACCUUUUACAGGUUCAGAUUCAAAUCCAUUAAAUACUGAAGACCUUGUUGAAAGACUUUGGAAACUGAUGAAUUCAGGUACUGCUUAUGAUUCUUUGUUAAGAUGUGCUGUAAUGGAUCUUUACCAUGCUUUAUACGGCCGUAAGAGACCAUCUAUCUUGCCCGCUCCUGAAAUUGGAGUUGUUGUUAAUCUAAAAGAGAAGAAGGCUCGUCUGCCUAUAAAUUCUGGUUCCAUUGAUGAUAUACAUCUUGAUGAUUCCUUCCCUCUUGAUAAUGUUAUUAUGUUGGAAACUAUAAAAAUCGAUGAAAAAGAUUCGAAUGGUUUUAGUGUUGGUGGUGGUGAAAAGCGGAAGGCUACAAGCCCUCUUCACUUUUCAGAACACCCACACUUUUAUUCCUCCGAUGGACAUAUUAAAGCUGAAGUCACUGUUGAGGAUAUUCCUGAGUCUAGUAAAGUUAGGCUCAAAGAAACAAUAUCUAUGCCAGGUACAUCUGCUUCUACCCAUGGUAUGUCAGGAAUGUCACUUUUAAGAACAACAAGCAGCAGUAUAGAUUCUGCUUCAGCACCCGCACCAGCACAAUUUUGUACUUUUGAAGGUUAUUCUGAUGAUUCACAGUCAAAAUCUUUACCUGGUAUACAAAACACAUUUGGGCAGCAACCCACUGGUUUCGAUUCUAGUAUGUUCAAACCUCCCGAUAUUCCAGAACCUAGACCAUCCUCUUCUUCUUUAGAUCUUUUAACUUUAGCAGCAAAAGCUCAUAAAAAGAAGAAGAAGAAGAAAAACAAGCAUAAGCACAAACACAAGCAUCGUCAUGAGAAGCAUGAUAAACCAGAGCGAUCCGAGAAGGAUCGAAUUUACAGUUCGAGCAGUCAGUCGCCAAGUACAUUUAGUCCACAAGGAGAAAUUUUGUAAAUUGAAUUGAAAAGGAAAUACUUUUAGAAGGAAUUAAAAAGGAUUACAUUUAGAAUGUAAAAAUGAAACAAUACAUUUUAGAAUUAAUGUGAUUGUCUGCUGUUAAUUUAGAAAUGAGAAUAUAAAUUCUCAAAACUUGUUUCAUAUUUUCACAGAAAAGCCACAAUUUAUUCAAGACUUAAACAUUUUAAAUA